AUCUCAAUGCGAAUGGAAAUUGAGAAAAAGUUCUCAAGCGAAAAGGAUGCAGUCUACUCGCUUCUGAACAGUUUUGUUUUUCUCCGGUUUUUAGUGACUUGCAUUUUAAACCCCAAAAAGUUUGGAGUUUGUUUGUCCAUCUCAGACGACAAACUGAAACUUGCCGCACGGAAUUUGGAGCUGAUAGGCAAAACUUUACAGGGGAUAGUCAAUAUGCUUCCGAUGGGCUUGAAGGAGGCUUAUUUGGGGGUUCUGAAUCCCCUCGCAGCUCGGCUAAUACCAGAAAUGAAACUUUUUAUUGAUAGAAUUUCCACGGAUCACGGCAAUACUAAGAUGCCAUCGCUGGAGAAUCUCAUUUGUCCGUGCAAUACAAUUGAAAAAGUGAAAGUCGGCGUUCAAGAUGGCGAAACUUUUGCAAAACACCUUUCCAAACUUUCCCGGGUUUUCUAUCAAGCACGCGAAAGAGUCUAUGCAAGCAAUAUGGUUAGAAAAAUUCCUGCCUUGAAGGGGCCGUUGAGCGAUAUUUUCAGUGUUCUUGAAAAAAUUUACGAUUAAAGCCAGGCCGUUAAUUAAUUUAGAAUGAACAUUAACUACGAAAAUGAAAAGUUUCUCGCUGAUAAAUGU